AUGCCCCGGUUUCAGACGAUCAUUACUCCUGCGGACCAAGGAUGGCAGAUCCGCCCGUUCAAUGUGACUCUGUACGCAGCGAACCCGACACCCUGGAUCCAUUGGGGAGCCCAUGUCGAUGCCCGGUCCCGCAUGGACGGGUUCGAUCCCGCGGACGCAGAGGGCGGUCGCACUUUGACGGGGUUUAAAUAG